AAAUUUUCUCAUUUCGUCAGCACCCUUUUUCUAUGGGCUUUGUCGUGUCGUUCGUUUUUAUUUUGUCAACAACAAUCCAAACAAAUAUUUCCAAUUUUUUUGCUCAAUUCCGUAUAAAUUGCGUGCAAAAAUGGGGAAAUAGGGGCGCGACAGUUUUUUUUUUUUUUUUUCAAUUGUCCCUUUGUAAACGAUUCUUGAUAAUAUGGGAAAUGCGAGAAAGCAAGAAAUCGCAGUGCUUCUGCGUAAAGCUCUCUCAACAUCAUAAUAUACACAAGUGAACUAUAUAAGCAUAAGUAGAAAAAAAGAAAGAAAAGAUUAUUUAAUCACUUUUUACACUCAAUUCAAAUCGGAAAAUAAACAUUGCAUAAGUGUCGUGCAACGCGAAGUGUCUCUAUUUUUUGAGGUUAAGUUUCACGGGGACUAAAUUGCACGAUGACAAUCAUUUAAGAUUUCUUUUUCGUUUAUAUAUAUUUUUCUGACAUCGUCGGGAAUGUCAGAGCGAUUUCUUCCUUUGGAUUGUUUGGUAUUGUGUCAAAUUGUUUCGGGAAAUGUCUUACAGUGAUGGCGGGGGACGUUCAAUACGAAAAUCAUCAAAUAGAUCACCAAAAAAAUUACGCGUAACAAAAGCUGAAAAUAGUGAUAGAACAACAACAACGAUAAGUUAUAAUAAUAAUCAACGUUUUGGUGAGGGAAGUCAUAAUCCACCCUCAAUACAUAAAAGAAAUCUUUAUGUUGUUUCAUUGCCGUUAAUUUUUCUAUUCAAUAUUCUACGCUCAUUGAUUUAUCAAUUGUUUGUUGUUUUUAAAUAUUUAUAUGCCUCGACAUCGUAUUUAAUUCGUCGUCGACAAGUUACAAGAAAUAAUUGUCAAUUGGAAAUUGUCGUUGAUAGAGAGACAGCUGAAAAUUUAUUACAAGUAUCAACAACAAGAGAGGACGAGGGAAUGUCACAAAUUGUUAAAAGAACAGGUCCAGGACCUGGUGAUCCUCUUCUCGCUAAACAAAAACAUCAUCAUCGACGGGCAUUUGAAUUUAUUAGCAAAGCUCUUAAAAUUGACGAAGAAAAUGAAGGUCACAAGGAAAUGGCCAUUGAACUUUAUAAAAAAGGAAUUGGCGAAUUGGAAAAAGGAAUCGCUGUCGAAUGUUAUGGUGGCCGAGGGGAAGUCUGGGAACGAGCACAGAGACUUCAUGAAAAAAUGCGAACCAACUUGGCAAUGGCCAAGGACAGACUCGAUUUUCUUGUGAGUGUGUGCGAGCUGAAAAAGAUGGAGAUUGCCAACCAAGCUCAAGGAUCAGACCACGAUGAUUGUGAUGACGUUUCUGAUGAACGUCCUGGAAAUUAUUUGAGGAAAAGACGCAAUUUACAAUUAAAUCACAAUAAAUUAAAACAAACAAAAAAUACAAAUCACGCUCACACACAAUCACUAACAUUAAACACUGGACAAUAUAAUAAUACACAAAUACCAAAGCCAUCACAGAGGCCUCGAUCUCCGAAAAAUUCUCAUAAUCGCAUGUCCGAAGCGUCGGGGAGAAAAUUGACGAUUCCUGGAAAACGAAUUUCUGGUGCUGUGAUGAGUAAAAGUCAAACUUUACCGCGAAGUAUGGGAAGAUCAACGCCGUCAUUGCCUUGUCAUAGAAACAUUCCAUUAAAACCAUCGUCAACGCCUCCUGCGGUUAAAAGACAAUUAUCAGUUCCUGGCAAUGGUUCGCCAAUUAGAAGACCAGGAACACCCGGUGCCAGCAGUAGCAAUCGAGGAACUCCAACGAGAAAAAUUCCAAAUUUAAAAGGAGUUGAUCCCAAACUUGCCAAUGUUAUUCUCGAUGAAAUUUUAGAAGGCGGAACUGCUGUUCAAUGGGAUGAUAUUGCUGGACAAGAGACAGCUAAGCAAGCGCUUCAGGAGAUGGUGAUUUUACCUUCACUGCGACCUGAAUUAUUCACAGGUCUGCGAACCCCAUCACGAGGAUUAUUGCUGUUUGGUCCGCCAGGUAAUGGAAAAACACUUUUGGCACGAGCAGUUGCGACUCAAUGCAAUGCAACAUUCUUUUCAAUAUCGGCGGCAAGUCUCACUUCAAAAUACGUUGGAGAAGGUGAAAAAUUGGUGCGAGCUUUGUUUGCAAUAGCACGAGAACUACAGCCUUCUGUGAUUUUUAUUGACGAGGUUGAUUCUCUCUUGAGCGAACGCAGAGAUAAUGAACAUGAAGCUUCCAGACGAUUAAAAACAGAAUUUCUUGUCGAGUUUGACGGUCUUCCUUGCAAUCCUGAGGAGAGAGUCCUUGUAAUGGCUGCAACAAAUAGACCUCAGGAAUUAGAUGAGGCCGCUUUAAGAAGAUUCACAAAACGUGUUUAUGUAAUGCUGCCAGACAUAAAGACUAGGGUUCUCCUAUUGCAGAGACUUUUGGGAAAGCACAAUGAUCCUUUAACUCAUGCAGAACUGAAUCGCAUGGCAAAUUUGACUGAAGGAUAUUCCGGAAGUGAUUUAACGGGACUAGCUAAAGAUGCGGCACUUGGACCCAUAAGAGAACUAAAUCCAGAACAAGUAAAAGAGGUGGAUUUAAAUCACGUGCGAAACAUUACAAUUCAAGAUUUUUUAGAUAGUUUGAAAAGAAUCCGCAGGUCGGUUUCACCCGACAGUUUAGCCGCUUUUGAAAAAUGGAGCCUCGAAUAUGGUGACGUUAGUCUCUGAUCGGAGCACCUUACGAGUUCUUGCUCAAAACUUGAAUCUCGCCUUUAUUCAGUUAGCACAAGCCAAACUGACAGUCACUGAGCGCCUUUUUCUAUUACAUUUAAAGAAAACAAAAAAAAACCCGUGUCUCGAUUUUGGUAAAAAUAAAAAAAAAGAAAUUUUUUUUUUUAUUGACUUGAGAUACAGCACAUCAAAGAGACGUUUAGCGGCUUUUAUAUUUUGGACAAUAUUGUACCAAUUUCAUCUUUUUGCGCUCGUCAAUCAAUUUUUGCACUAUUGAGAAAAUAUAAAGGCAAAUUACAUUAAUUUUGCCAAUUUCUUGUGAAAGCAAGAAGACUGCGUUUAUUGUUCUAAGAACUUGUUUUUUUUUUUUUUUUUACUUCAAGUCGGACGUACAAAUUAUUUCUGGGGUUUCGAUCUGUUUAUUUGCUCUUUGGAGUUUUUUAAAAGUCAUUCAAUCGGCUACGUUCCUUGUAUGUACUGAAUAAUACAAUGUUCAUUAUUAUUCGAUUUUCACUAGACUCAAUUUAGUAGAAAUUUGAGAGACGUAAGAUACUUAAUAUUUAUUAUUAUUAUUAUUGUAGUAGAUAAAUGUUUGUUUCGUUUUAUUUAAAUCAUGUCGUGUGCAGGAAAAUGAUAUUUUAAAUUGACUAUGAAAAAUUUGAUUUUGCGUUUUCACCUUUUUAAAAAUUUUAAUUAUAUUAUGAAAUUUUACAAAAAAAUAAUUUAUCAAGUUUACAUAAGUUAAUUGAAAUUUCAUAUUUUUUUCAUUGUUAUUUUUCUUCACCAACAAAAUAAAAACAAGAAUAUUCUAAACAAUUAAAUGAAAAUUUGAAAAAAAAAUUUUUUUUUUGUUAAAAUUCAUAAUCUAAUUUGAAAUCUUUAUUGCUGUCAAUUUAAAAUUUCACUAUUUAAAUACAAAAAUAUCAAUAACUUUCUUUUUUUUCUAUAUCUUUUUUCUUACGCUUCUUAAAUCUCGCUCAAAACUUAACAAUAAAAAAAAUUUUUUUAAUUAAAAUCAAUACUUUUUCGCAUAAAUAUUAAAAAUCGAUAAUUUUACAAUAAAAAUAAAGAAUCGAUAGUUUUUCAGUAAAAAUAAUAAAAAAAAAUACAGCGUACCUAAAAAAAAAAAGAGAGAAACUUCAUUUUUCAAAUUUAACUGAUAAGUAAUUAAAAUUUAAGAAAAUUUGAUAAUAAAUUUAGAAGUGCUAGAAGUCGGUUUUUUGUUUGUUUAAGCGAGAGAUAUUCUGAUUGAUAGGAAAAAGAAAACACAAAAGAUUUUUUAUGAUGGCAUCGAAUGGAUUAAAUUAUUUUGGUUUCGAUGUGAGAAAAUUUACUCUUGACAACGAAUGAAUAAAAUAAAAAAAAAAAAAAAACGGAAAUGGUAUCUUCCAUGAAAAGGGCUUUAUCUAAAAAUAUCAAGUGGUUAUUUGCAAAUUAUGAAAAAUGAUUGUAAAAUAUUUUUAUUCUAUAUAAUAUUUAUAUUCAUUAUUAUUGUUGUCGCUGAUAAUAAUAUUAUUAUUCAAAGAUAUUUUAACGAAGUUUGCCCGUUACAUUCCACUCGUUAUUUCACUAAUAAUUGAGUUUUGUGCCUAAUAUUUUAUUCUUUGUCGAUUCUCUUUUUUUCAAAUAAAUAAAACGAAGGAAAAAAAGAAUCAGAUUGUGGUUCAGAAUAAAAAAAAAAAAAUUGUUUAGAUGAGAAAAAAGAAGCAUUUUUUUAGGGAAAAAAAUAGUAAUAAAAAUAAUAAUCAAUGUUCAAAAUAUAUUUUUUACUAACAAAAUACUAUUUCUUAAAGAAAAACAUAAACAUUGAUUUAUGUAAUAAAGAAACUUUUGAAUUAUUUCCAUCUUAUUAAAUUAUAACAUUAAAUGUGAAAUUUUUGUCAAAAACAAAAAAAAAAUGUUAGGUCACGUAAAAUGAAAAUUAAAUUUGAAACAGAAAGUCUGUUACACAAAAUUAAUUUAUGAUAUCUAUUUACUAUAAACAAUAUUAUUAAUGUACAGUACUAUUAAAAAAAAAAUAGAUUUUAAGUCGAUAAGAAUGUGAUAAAUGUUGAUAAUUUGUGAAUGUAAACAUAAUUUGAAAUUAAUUAUUUCCAUGAUUGUUGUGUGUGAAAAAGUAAAUUGUUUCAUCGAAAUAUUUCGAAGUGAGAAAUUUGAAUAAUGUUUUAUCGAUCAAGAUAUUUACAUAGUGAUAUUAAUUUUACAAUAAUUACAAAAAUUGUUUACUAAAUUUUCUUCGUCGAAAGAAAGUGAAAAUUAAUUUUUCUGUACAAAGUUUUAAAAAUCAUUUUCUUUUGAUAGAUUGAAAAUUGUAAUUAAAAUCAUUUUUAGUCAAUUUUCGAAAUUUUCAUUUCUCUAAAUAAUAUGUUUUCUACGUAGUAAAAUAGAAAUUCUUUUGAAAAAACAUUUUUUUUUUUUGAACAAUUUCCGUUGAUUUUAAAAUAAUUUAAUUAUAAUUUUAAACAAAACUUUCGAAAUUCAUUUAAAAAAAAAAAAAAAAAAAAAAAAAAAAAAACUUGAGAAUUAUAUUCCAAUACUAGCCAUAUAGAAAUUAAGAAAAUGCACUUCCUAUAUUUGGGAAUUUUAAUCUUAUUGUCUCGAGCUUAAUUACAUAAGGAAAAAAAAAUUAAUGAAAGCUUAUCAUUGAUAUUUUGCAAUUUAUAUAAAUUAUUAAAUAAAAUUCAAAUUCCGGUAAAUUGAAACUUGAACGCUGAGAUAAUUUUUAAUCUCACAGCCUUCCAUAAAAUAUUCAGCUCUGCCUUGAUCCAGUUAUUUUGCUACUUUUAUAAAAUUUAGCAAUAAGUUAAAAAGAUUGAAACAUACAUAAUAUGAAACGCCAAUUUUUCUCGAAAAAUUCGGAUUUAUAAAAAAUUAACAGUUUUUUUUUUAUUUGUUUAAUUAAUGAAAUUUAUUACAGAAAUUUUGUUUUUUUUCUAAUUUUUUAAUUUAAUUUAAACGAACUUACCGAAUAUUAUUAAUUACCUUUUCAAAUUUAAUUUUUACAAUCGAUAUUGUUUUAAUAUUAAAUGUUUUUAAUAAUAAUUUUUAAUAAUUCAAUUUUGUUUUUCGUAAUUAUUAUUGACAAUAAAUUUUCAUUUUUUUUUCUUAUUUUCAUUAACUGUAAGUUUUCAAUUGUAAAAAAAGAAUAUUUAUAAAGUUAUAUUUGGUAAAAUAAAAAAAAAGACUGACAGUAGAAUUGAACAUUAAAAUUCGGUUAAAUAUUUUGUAAAGAAAAAAAAAUAUAAUCUUGCUUUAAUAAAAAUUUGAAAAAAAAGUAAGAUUAUAGGUAUAAGUUAAAAGGGAAAAAUUUUGGUCAAAUAAAAAUUACACUAUAUUAAUUGGGUUACUUAAAGUAAAUUAAUCAAUAGAAAUAUUUAGAAAUUAUAAAAAUUCCUACAAUUCUACAUUUGUCAGUCCAAUCUUUAAAAUUUAACAGAUUUUUUUGCUUUUCAAAACUAGAAUAUAGUAGAAAAUGAAAGUUACAUAAAAUGUUUGUUAAAAAAAAAAUAUAUAAAAAUUAGGCCUCGUUUCAAAAUAUAGUUAUUAGUAUGAAAUUUGUGAGUGCUGAAUUAGAAUUAAGAGAAAUUUGAUUAUAGCAUAAAAAAUGAAUGGCUUUUGUAAACAGUCUUUGUGUCUUUGUAAGCUUCGAGAGGAAAUUAAAAAAAAAAAAAUUUUUUUGCGUGCGAACAAUCGCAAAAUUCUCUUAAAGCUUCAACAAAACUCCGUUAUAUUGUUAAUGUUUAUUUAAUAAUUUAUUUAUUGAUUCAAUUUUAGAAUUGAUUCAAUUUAUAUUGUAAAAAUUGUGAAAAACAUUUUUAAUUUUUUAAUAGUCAACAAUUUAUUAAUGCAGUAUUGAACAAUUUAAUUAUAAAAAAAAAAAUGAUACACUCAUAUAUUUCUAGUCCCUUAUUAUAAAAAUAGAUUUAUUACCUUAUAUUUAAUGAUUGUAAUACUAGCUACGCUUCUUAUAGUGAAAUAAUUAUUCUAAGUUAUAUAUUAAUGAAAUAAAAGAAUUGUCAAAUAUUGGGGAAUAAACGAAUUCAUUCCACAAGA